CUCUCGUCGGGGAAUGUGAAUGCGGAGCGAAAUGGUAGCGGCGAAUGAUCGCUGGCUAGUCAGCUGCUUGAAUGCGAUGCUGGAUCCCAAUCUGGGAGCGAGGCGCUCUUACGGAGGCAUCAAGAAAGACAGGAUAUGGCAUUGCUCUCGCCAGAAUCACACUGAACAACGAUUUCUCGCUGGGAGUGCGUCAGCUAACGUGAAGAAGCAUUACUUCACCGUCUUUCCUCAAGACAAGGAUUCUGUUUUUUCUAUUAUUGUGUCUACAGGCUACAAGACAAGGUCGAAAUCCAAAUUGCAACCAGACCAGUUUACGAGAGUUUCCGCACUUCAAAAGAUUUUCUCCCUCCUGGCUCGUGGUCUAGUCGAAGGACAAGAGGCAGCCAGUGGAUGAGGGUGGUGACGAACCAAGCGCUGAAGUCGAUCCAAUCAAUUAGGUCAAUCUGGUGGACUUCUUGAAGAGAUUCUCAGAAGAAGCUCCGCUUGCGUUCUUCAAGGUGGGACAUGUGUAAAUCAACGUGUUGUUACCAAUCUGCUCUUCUCCACAGGAGCUGUCUGAUCGGGAAAUCUGUGCAGUGUAAUAAGAAGUUGCCGAUAAAUUUUGUAGGAAAGAGACUAUGUGGAACGUGGAACAUUUAAUUUCAAAUCACCCUUACAAUAAAUAUACUCAAGUCGGA